CCGUUCCGCUUUGAUAAACGAAAAUGGGGCAAGAAUAGAUACCCGACACGAAGGACCUCCUUUGAAGUGUAAGCGCGGGGUAUAACGUAAUAGCAAGGUCAACCCCAGACUUGUGUCUAUACCCAUAGUAGUAGAGGGCGCAGGGAGCUCUCUUUUCUUUUUUGCUGGAAUUCCCGGUUCUAGAGUCACCGUCCCCAGAUGAUUGGCGAGUCAGGGGUUCUCUCUUUGAUUGUUACCCACAAGGAGAUUACAGAAGCUCCUUUGUCGUUAUCUAUUUUCAACUUUCGAGUAUUCUACAUAAAAGCCCAGAUGCCCCCCCAGCCCUUCCUGGGAUAAUCUAGGAGUUCCUUUCUCAGCCAUCUUGGUUUACGUGCCAAAAUACUGCGAGGGCAGCUCUUUUCUGAUUACACCCUUGUCUUCGCAGUUUCCUGGGCUCUUUACUCCAACGUUCCUCCAUAAUCGAACGACGAGAAGGGGAACCGGUCAGAACAGAACAGAACCAUGGCUCACUCGGUAGACAUCGAGAAGCAGCAAGCUGCUGAUCUCGAUGCCAGCUCGACCAACGACCGCGGCUCCAUCGAGGCAACCGCCAACCACAACGAAAAUGCCGAACUCAAGCGCGACAUGAAGCCGAGGCACGUCAUGAUGUUCUCCAUCGCCUGCGCCAUCGGCACCGGUCUCGUCAUCGGCUCCGGAACCGGUCUGGCUAGGGGAGGUCCCGGCUCCAUGCUCGUCGCUUACAUCAUGAUCGGAGCUGCAGUCUUCUUCGUCAUGACGGCUCUGGGAGAGAUGGCUGCUUUUGUUCCCAUGAACAAGGGUUUUGGUGGUUAUGCUAGUCGAAUGGUUGAUCCGGCUUUUGGUUACGCAACUGGUUGGAAUUACUUUUUCAAGUAUAUCGUGGCCACUCCGACAAACUUGACCGCUGCUGGACUUGUCAUUCGCUACUGGAGGCCUGACUUGAACGUGGGUAUCUGGAUUGCUGUUUUCGGUGUCUGCAUCAUCGCCAUCAACAUCCUGAAUGUCAAGUAUUUCGGAGAAUUCGAGUUCUGGAUGGCCAGCGCCAAGGUCAUUGUCAUGAUUGUCAUGAUCUUCUCGUGCUUCGUCAUUGCCUGCGGCGGUGGUCCCAACCACGAUGCCACUGGCUUCCGGUAUUGGCGAGACCCUGGCGCAUUCAAGGAGUAUCUCUUCACCGGCGACCUGGGUCGUUUUGUUGGUUUCUGGGCUUGCUUGGUCCAGGCCGUCUUCGCUUACACCGGAACUGAGGUUGUUGGCAUGACUUUUGGCGAGGUCAAGAACCCCCGCAAGAACAUCCCCAUUGCCGUCAAGCAGACCUUCUGGCGUAUUGCUGGCUUCUACAUCCUGGGUAUAUUAUUCCUUGGUAUGACCGUUCCUAGCAACAGCGAGCAGCUUCUCGGAGCCCUCAAGAAGAGCACUUCUGGUGACGCUUCGCCUUUCGUCGUGGCCAUGAACCUUGCUGGUGUUGCCCGCUUCGGUGACGUGAUCAACGGUUCGCUUCUGAUUUUUACCCUGAGUGCCGCCUGCACCGACAUUUACUGCUCUUCCCGAUCCCUCUACGGUCUCGCUCGUGACGGUCAGGCCCCCGCCAUCUUUGGCAAGACUCUUAGCAGCGGAGCUCCCAUCUACGCCGUCGGGUUUGCUUCCAUGUUUGUGGCACUCGGCUUCAUGAACGUGGCACAGAGCGCAUCUACCGUCUUCACGUACCUCACCAGUGUUCUUACCAUCUUUGCCCUGCUGAACUGGAUCGCCAUCCUCAUCUCCCACCUCCGCUUCCGCGCCGCCAUCAAGGCCCAGGGCAUCACGCUCGCGGACCUCCCCUACGUCGGCUUCCUGCAGCCCUACGGCACCUACUACUCGCUCUUCGUCUCCAUCGUCGUCGUCAUCUUCAACGGCUACGACGCCUUUGUCCCCGUCUUCAAGGUCGACACCUUCAUCACCAAGUACAUCGGCACGGUGCUCUUCCUGCUCAACAUUGCAUUUUGGAAGUUUUACAAAAAGACAAAGAUGUGGGACCCGUCCGAGGUCGACCUGGUCACCGGCCGCAGGGAGGCCCACGAGGAGGAGGACGCCAACGAUCAGCAGUGGAACGAGGGCUUUUGGAAAAAGACGGUCAACAAGUUCAAGAGGAAGUAAGGGUGUUGCUUGGGAUGAAAUUUUUUUUAAUGCAUUACGUGAUUUUUUUCUGGUAAUUGAAACUGCAAAAGUUUUCAAUAGAAGAAAAAAAAGUUUUUAUAGAAAUGACAUGAAAUAGAAGCGAUUUGACUUUUCUUCUG